UCAGUAAAGGCUGUAGGUCAAUCCUUGCGGGUGCUUUUAUUGGAUGUGCCGCUGUCAAGCAGUGCUGAAGAAUUGGAAGGGCAAACGCCAGAAAAGGCAGAGAAAAGACAAACAUUCAAAUCGGCAUUAUGUAGCUCGGUUCUGCCUUACCUCCGCUCUCGUUAAAUGAUCCUGCCGUCCCCGAUUUCAGAUCCGAAACUUGUGAACACGGAGCGGUCUCUCUCUCUUUCUCUCUCUCUCUCUCUUUUUUUUUUUUUAGAUUUUUUUUUCUCCUCUGUGUGUGUGUCUCUCUCUCUCAAGCGGUUGCAUUCUCCAGAGGUGGUACCUCCACACGCUACGAUCUGACAGCCUCUACAUCCUUUUCUUUUUUUGUUGUUGUUGCCUCCAGAAUGACAGAAACCCCACGGAGCCUGGUAACACUGUAGCCAGCCGGGGUUGGAGCUCCUAUGUGAGGCGGAUCAUCCUCAACAGGGCAGCGGAUGCCUGAAUGGAGACAGCAAGCCAUCCACCAAGAUUUCUCCGCUUCCUAAAUUGGUGAAUUUGGGGCUGAUAAAUGGAGCGUUGCGCCGGACUGCAUGGCAUUAUGUUUGACGAAGGGUGUUUGACAUCGGAGCGACUGGCCAGAAUAACACUCUGCGGUGUGAAUAUUUCAGCCUGUUGAUGAUGAGCCGCUCAGGACUGGAGCAAAGUGUCGUGAGAACCGGUUCAUGGCCCGCGUCUUGAGCUGAAGUGGGCAACCAGAUUGUUACAGAGGAAGGAAACAGGAGGCAUCUUUAUUUUUUAUUUUCUUUUUAUUCUUUAUUUUAUUAUCUUUUUUUCCCCCCUCGUUUUUGGAUGGCUGCGCGGUGGGGGUGGACGACUGCACAUGAAACCUUGGACACAAAAAAAUGGAUAAAACUAUUGCAUGAAGCUGGCAGGGGGGGAAUGCACGGUGUGUUUUAGGCCUACUUGAUAACAGUGAAGUUGAGGGGAAAAUGAGAAAAUGGUGAUGUGGUACGAAGAAGCCGAGAAGAGGAGCCGGAGUGAGGGAUAAAGAAAAAAAACCGUCCAUGGGGAUCUGAGCAGCUGAAGAAUAACGGAAUCCAAGUUUUCGAGGACAAGACAGCUGCUUUGAUUAAAGACCUCCAAUUAACUUCAUGUGAAAAACACAGGGAGGAAACAAGCUUCCUGGUCGGGGGGUGGGGGUUAGAAAAGAUAUAUUAUUCAUGCCUUGUGUGAGAGAAAUUGGAGAACCGGCUUUGCUGUGGCCUAGAUGAUAACAAAUAUAUAUUUAUAUAUAUAUCUAUAUAUAUAUUAAAAAUUAUGAAACCUUAGGAGGAAGAGUGGACCUUAAGAAAUACACAAAGAGAGGGCGAAUGACACUCCUGUAGCCUCAAAGUAAAGCACUUGCGCAAAAAGAAAAAGGCUGAAGUGGGUUGAAGCAUGGGCUGUGCUUCAAGUAUUCAUAUCUCUGAUAGGGUGGUCUACCACAGUGGAAAAGAGUCUGAGGAUUCCCACUCACCCCAGCAGACUAAUACCACUCAGCAUCAAGGAAAUCCUGCCUCUGGACUACCCCUAAAACCCCCUAGCUGCAAGACCACAUUAACAGAGGUGCAAUUUGGACCAAUGAAGUUAUUUAAAGACCCACUUCAGGUACUUUUAGUUUUUGCCAAAGAGGACAGUCAGAGUAAUGGCUUCUGCUGGGCAUGUGAGAAGGCCAACUUCAGGUGUAGCAUAGCGCGAACACCCGAGUCGGCCCUUGAAUGCUUCUCGGAGAAGCAUCACGACCUCGUCAUCAUAGACCACAGACAUUCCAGACACUUUGACGCUGAAGCACUAUGCCGGUCAAUUAGAGCGGUCAACUCUUCAGAAAACACUGUGAUAGUCGCCGUUGUGAAAAGGCCAGACAGAGAGGAAGCCUCUGUGAUGCCAUUGAUCAAUGCUGGAUUUAAUAGGAGAUAUGUGGAAAAUGCCAAUAUGAUGGCCUGCUACAAUGAGCUGCUACAGUUGGAGCACGGAGAGGUGCGGGCACAGUUCAAACUGAGGGCUGGCAAUGCUAUUUUCACAGCUCUAGAACAAAGCCAAGAGGCCAUAGAGAUCACUUCUGAAGAUCAAGUAAUUCAGUAUGUGAAUCCUGCCUACGAGUCCAUCAUGGGCUACCAACAAGGCGAGCUAAUAGGGAAGGAAAUAAUAGAAGUGCCUAAAAGUGAGAAGAAUAAGCCUGAUCUCCUUGAAACAAUAAACUCCUGCAUACGGAAAGGAAAGGAGUGGCAGGGGAUUUAUUAUGCCAAAAAGAAGAAUGGAGACAGCAUUCAGCAAAAUGUGAAGAUCACACCUGUAAUUGGACAGGGAGGAAAAAUCAGACACUAUGUGUCUAUCAACAGGCCUUUAAAUGAUAAUAAUAAGAGUGAUAAAUCCAGUGAACGUGUGCAGGCAGAGUCUCAGACAGACAUUCAAUCCAGUAAGCACAAAGACCGGAGGAAAGGCUCUCUGGACGUAAGAUCCACAACGUCUCGGGGGAGCGAUGGGAGCUCACAGCGAAGACACUCGUCAAUGGCCCGAAUCCACUCCAUGACCAUAGAGGCGCCCAUCACCAAGGUAAUCAACAUCAUCAACGCAGCGCAGGAAAGCAGCCCCAUGCCCGUGGCAGAGGCCUUGGAUCGGGUACUAGAGAUCCUGAGGACCACUGAGCUCUACUCCCCACAGCUGGGCACCAAGGAUGAAGAUCCCCACACGAAUGACCUCGUGGGAGGGCUGAUGACGGAUGGUUUACGCAGAUUGUCAGGAAAUGAAUACAUCUUCUCCACAAAACAGCCCCACCAUCUCCCCAGUCACCUGACAACUCCCCUGUCGUUAAAUGACAUCCCCCCUCGUAUCGCCCAGACCAUGGAGAAUGAAGACUCUUGGGACUUUGACAUCUUCAACUUGGAGGCUGCAACCAUGAAACGGCCUUUGACCUACUUGGGUCUGAAGAUCUUCUCCCGCUUUGGGGUCUGCGAGUUCCUAAACUGCCCUGAAGCCACUUUGCGCUCCUGGCUACAAGUGAUUGAAGCUAACUACCACUCCAGUAACUCCUACCACAACUCUAGCCAUGCGGCGGAUGUGUUGCAUGCGACGGCGUAUUUUCUCUGCAAGGAGAGGGUUAAGCAAAGUUUGGAUCCCAUUGACGAGGUGGCCGCCCUGAUCGCUGCUACCGUGCACGACGUGGACCACCCGGGCCGCACCAACAGCUUCCUGUGCAACGCGGGAAGCGAGUUAGCCAUCCUCUACAACGACACGGCCGUGCUCGAGAGUCACCACGCAGCGCUGGCCUUCCAGAUCACCACGAGAGACGACAAGUGCAACAUCUUCAAAAACAUAGAAAGGAACGAGUAUCGAACAUUACGCCAGGCCAUCAUUGAUAUGGUGCUCGCAACCGAGAUGACCAAACACUUUGAACACGUCAACAAGUUUGUCAACAGCAUCAACAAGCCUCUGGCCGCUCUGGAAGAGAAUGGGGGAAACAAUGAUGAGGAGUCCGUCAAAAGUGUUCUGACGUCUCCCGAGAAUCGCAUCCUGGUCAAACGGAUGCUGAUUAAGUGUGCAGACAUCUCUAAUCCAUGCAGGCCUCAGGAGCUCUGUAUAGAAUGGGCCGGACGCAUCUCAGAGGAGUAUUUUGCACAGACGGAUGAGGAGAAGAGACAAGGUCUACCGGUGGUCAUGCCUGUGUUUGACAGAAACACUUGUAGCAUCCCAAAGUCCCAGAUUUCCUUCAUAGACUACUUCAUUACGGACAUGUUUGACGCAUGGGAUGCUUUUGCAGACCUCCCCAAUCUUAUGCAGCACUUGGACAACAACUUCAAGUACUGGAAAGGCCUGGAUGAGAGGAAGCUGCACAGCCUGCGACCGCCUCCAGAGUAGGUGCAGCUGCAGCGUUUCGGUCCUGGGACCCUGCAGUCCGGGGCAGACCUCCUCUCUCCCUGCCAGUCCAGCCAGCUAAAGGGCCUCCUCGCCUUCACUCUCCUGCUUCUGUAGCACGCCGAGCGUCCACUUGUCUGUCCACACAGAAACCACAGAAGGACUUCCUGACGGGCAGUUGGAGCGGUAACGUUGUUGGCUUUACAAACCUGUCAGAUGAGAACUGUGACGAACUGACACGGACACACAGCAUCCUUAUGAACUCCUUAUAAACUGCCUCUCAGGCAUCCACAGUGUAGCUGGUCAAGUAACAUGAGUGAGAGGGGGAGUUCCUCACAGGUCCUCCUGGCAAAGCAUCCGUCCCCUGGUUACCAUGUGGGCCGCUCCACGUGGUAAGAGUAAAAAAAAACAAAACAAAAAACUGCUUGUUCAUCGAAGGAGUGGAUGGAAGUGUGGUCUGCAUAUGAAGGUGUCUAAACCACAUCAGGCCAUAUUAUCACUUUUGACCUCCAUCCCUGUGCUCGCAACAAGACGGGAAGACUCACUUCUGUCCCUGGAGGCCACACUAUGAAAGAACACUCCACUGCUAUUUUUUUUUUUUUGUUGUUGUUGUUUUUGUUUGUUUGAUUGUUUGUUUUUGGGCAAUAUUUUCAUGUGUCCUUCAGAAACACAUCCAAGCUGACUCGUCGCCGUGGCGACAGACAUAAGACGGGAUGCUUUCUUUGUGGGUCAGGGAGUGGACCUUCAUUUAAGGCCACUGCUGAGAGACAAAAACCUCAACGUCACGAUCAUAGGUAUCUAAUUACGGAAGAUUUGGUAUGUUAAUUUUUUUUUUUUUUCUUAGAUGUUCCGUAUUUUCUAUAUUAAAAUUCAUCCACCAAUUAGUAGACAAAUAAGAACAAUUUGAAUUUAAAAAAAAAGAAAAAAGCGAGAGAAAAGCCAAAGCUAAUGAUGACAACUACUACUAUGACUCUCAAAAAAAAUUCACUUCAAUUGUUAUUCAUAUGAAGCAUUACCAUGUUAAACAUUUUUAUUUUCUUAUCAAAAGUACAGUACCAGUUUGAAUGAACACUUUUGUAUUGCACUGUAAACAAUAUUAGAAAUGUCUACGUCUCAGUGAUUUGUCCAGGGAUGGGAUGUUGCAUUGGAGAAUAAGCUGUUAUCGUUGAUCAUCUGGAGUGUGUGUGUACGUGUGUGUGCGUGCGCGCGCGUGUGUGUGGGCGUGUGUGGGUGUGUUUUGGUUGUUGGCGUUGAGUGCGUGGGUGUAUUCAUUGUUGCAACAAUCCCUUACUCUUGGUUUAAUGCUGUAAACCGCUUGACAUUUGACAACAGCAGAAAUAUGUGAAAACAUUUUGGACUUGAAAGUUUUUUCUCCCAGAAAUUUUUGUAUCUGGUUUAUCCUACUGAAAAGACUGCCUUAUUUUAUACAAUAUUUAUACAGUACAUCCCACUGUGCAACUACAACAGACAUCUGGAGUUUUUAUUAUAAACAUAGUCAGAAGGUUAUGUUCAAGUAAAUCUCAAUAUUUUUAUAGACAAUGAAUUUUACACUGGAUUUGCAGCAAAUGAGAUCAACCAUUAUAGCUAUCUGAAUACCUGUGAAUGGGAUGGUCACGCAGAGCAUGUAUACAGAGAACUAAAUGGUUAGAGAAGGAUGUGGAUCGCAGAGUUGUCUAUCACUGUCUUCGAGCGGCCUCCUAGAGGCCGGCUUGCGUUGAUUUAUGAUCAAACAUCUUUCUAUUUUGGCCACUUUGUCCAACAUCCUUAUACACAGACCCAGGGAACAGCUUUUUGUUCAAGGUUGGAUUCAGAUUAGGAUACUAAUAUAUGUUAAAGAUUGUUGCUUAUUAAGAAUAUUUCCUCUUUAAACAGUAUAUAAAUACCAUAACAGCUAAGCAAAUGGUGGUCGAUGAGAAGUAUUGACCACAAUUAUCUUUGUUUCUCUCUUAUGAAAGAAGAAUUGUACACUCAAUCAGGGGAUUUGUUUGUUCCUUCUGAUUCACAUUUUGGUCUGAAGGCACGGAAAAAAAUAAUUUAGAAACUAUUCAAUGAAAAAUAAAAAAAAUGACGAUUAUAUGUUUGCCGUCUAAUUCCUGCAAGAUUUCAAUGUCUUCCCUCCUAACUGUUCUGUCACUAAUUCUUUAUGGGCCUUAUAAGAUUUGUAAAUGUAUUGAAUUUUUGCACUUGGUCAGGCUCUCUAAAUACCCGUUAGGUUACUUGCCGGGGUCCGUGUAUGCUUUGGUCAUUGGAUUUUCCUUUCAGAAAUGGAUAUAAAAAAAAAACACAAAAUUAGUGGUUAUUUGAUUUUCAUUUUAAAAUUCAAAAAUUUAAAUCAAAAUUCAAGGCAUCAAGAGAUAAUAAUGGAUAAAUAAAACUUUAAUAACCAGUCGAUUUUCAUUUUCUGUUUCCAAAAGCAAAGAAUUAAAUGAAAUUUUAAAAUGAAAAUCUAAUAACUGCUCUCCUUUUUUUUUCUUUUUUUGUUUUUUAAUGUCCAUUUCUGAAAGGAAAUUUCGUAAUCUUAACUUUCAAAGAUAAGAAAUAGCUUAAUACAAUAAAAUAUUUUUUUCCUCUUUUA